CAUGAAAUCCCAGAUUCACUGCUGAUUUAGGUGUCCUUGAAAUGGCGCAGCUGGAGAUUGACGUCCUCCAAGUCGAUAGUAAAGAUCGACUAUUGUGACACAACGAGAAGCGAGCAACAAUAAGGUACCAAACCUGAGGUGGUCAAGAUGCCCGACGCCCCUGCUAAACCAUCCGCCCUACGCCUCCUGAUACUCGCGCCAUCUUCUGAUCCAACAUCGGUACCUCCCUUCUCAAAUCUUCUACACGCCAUCACCGGCUCAAAGCCUUCGGACGAAGUCACUUCGUUUUCUGGGUACACAUCCCAUCCGCCACUCAGCCUACGAACGAAAUACUACAACGCCGAUGUGAGUAUCUGGUGCGACGAACUACCGUCCACCAGUGUCUCAUCAGCGGGCCGUGACAAGUCGACAUUGACCGACCUUGCCAAUCCAGACGGCAGCGAAGUCCCAUCUUCUACAAGCGAGAGCGAGACGCUUCUGGCAGCGCCGCCUACCAAGGGGUCCGCCGAAGAUGCCGGGAAUACCCACUCGACCCUAGAGGAAUGGCAAUCUCAAAUGCUCUCGCCCGCUGCCUGUGAGGUCCGCGCUGUGAUCGGCGGGAUCAUUCUCAUCUUACCUACAUCGCCACCAUCAUCAUCACACUCUGAUGCAUUCUCACAAUCACACAUGUCCCUCGUCGAAGCAGUCCAUUCUCUCCGUGAGGCCGCCGAGGACGAAAGCUACGGGCGGGAUAUCGCUUCGAUCGUGGUUCUGCAAUCGACAUCCCCCAGCAUCACCCCGGCCAAGCUGUCCCAGAUAACGGAGCAGCUCGAAGAGUCCUGCCUGUCAGACAAGGGCAUUCUAGGCUGGGAUUUCGUCGCAUGGAACGGCGAGCCUUCCACGGCUGAGAGCGCCGAUGAGCGUAAUGAAUAUGGCGAGAAGACGGGCAUCCGGCGAGUCGUUGAAGUCCUCGAGGGUGUCGACUGGUCCGCCACGCCGAAUCGGGGUGACGACGAGGAUGGAUUCGACUUCGACGAGCUUGAUAUUGAUGUGGACGUCGACGACCCCGAAGAUGGAGGCUUCUCUCCGAGGAACAUUCUACGCAAUGCCCGAUUAUCCGGCCUUGACUACGAGCUACAGCGCGAGAUGAUGGAGUUGAAAAUAUCACUCGGCGACGCCCAAGGCGCAGAACCUGAGACCGGCGAACAAGCCAGGACAGAUGUCAGGGAUGAAGACGUCCAAGUCGAGCAGCUCCAAGGCUUGAUGGAGCGAGUCGUGGCCAUCCGCGAAGCCGGCUCUGAAAUGCCGCGCACAGAGAGGGAGAAAUUUGCAAAAAGGGAAAUUGGCAGGAUCAUCCGAGAAAUGGGCUAG